AUGUUCGAUAAAAUUUCUUUUUUCUUUUUUUUUUUUUGUUAUGUAUAUUUUCUUUAUUUAACAAAUGAAUUAAGUUUAAAAAGAAGUUGUUUUAUUAACCCAAAUAAUAAAAUAGACAUAUGGAAGAAAACAAUCUCAGAAAUUUACAAAAAAAGUACAUUGAAUGAAAAAAAAAAAAUCAUUCAAAAUUUGAAGAGGAGACAUAAUAAUUUAAAAAAUAAUAUAUUAAGAGGGAAAGAAAAUGAUGUUAUUGAAAUGAAUGGAACAGUUGAAGAAUGCUUAGCUAACACUAAUUUUAUAGUAAAAAUUUCAAAUGGAGAAAAAUUCUUAUGUUUUAUUUCAGGAAAAUUACGAAUUAAUAAGGUAAAGAUUAAUUUAGGUGACCUUGUUAAAAUUCAAGUUCAUAAAUUAGAUUUUGAAAAACGUAGAGGAAGAAUAAUUUUUAGGUAUUUACAACAAGCUACUUUAAAAAAAAAAAAAUAA